AUGUAUUUCCAUGAGAAUGCCACUGACAAAGCUCGCAGGAUACAGGACGAGCGUAUCAAAGCCGACUGGAACUUUUUCGUCACUUGGGAACAGUGGGUGCCACUGAAGUUGUGUCCGAUUCCAGCCACUCAAAAUGUGCGGAUCCCUGUGGGUAACCACAACAUUCACAUUCGACCUAACAUUACAACUACAUCUGGCCUGCCUCAAGUCACGAAAUCCAAUGUCUCAAGUAUGCCAUCCAGCCAGCCACAUCCUGAAGGACUUCCCAAGAAACAUUUUGGCGGCGAAGUAUUUGACAUGUGCUGGAAUACCAAGGCUGAUCUAGUGCGGACGGUGAACACAACCACUGCAACAUCAUCGGCUGAACCACAAUAUGAAGGCCAAGUGUUUGACGUGUGUUGGGACACCGAGGUCGAUCCGGCGCCGAUCAUUGUUGCAGACGCAGCCACACCGCCGGCAGCAGGUUCAUAUGACCUUUGUUGGGAUAGCCAAGGAAGUCCACGGAAGAUUAAUUUGGCGCCAAUCCAAGAGCUAGCAGCUACGAAGACUCACACCUUGGAUGUCACCAUGCCCCUAGUGGCCGAUCAAUAUGAUAUGUGUUGGAAUAAUAGUCCGUCUGUGUCGGUGGAUGGAUACAGGGGCAAGUGUCAGUCAUUACCACCGACCAUCACUAACCAUCAUUCAGGCGAUUUCGACAUGUGCUGGGAAGAUUCAACAUCUGGCGGAGAUGGUCACAUUGACAGUGGGUUAGUCGCUGCACCAACCAUCAACAUGGUCAACUUAGCGGGUGACACACCGGUAUUAUAUGAUCUGUGCUUUGACACAUCCUUGCCGGCCACAUCUCCAGGACCAAGGGAUGACUCACCGAGUCAGACGGUCAACUUAGCGGGCGACACACAGGUAUUAUAUGAUCUGUGUUUUGACGCAUCCUUGCCGGCCACAUCUCCAGGACCAAUGGAUGACUCGCCAAGUCAGACGGUCAACUUAGCGGGCGACACACCGGUAUUAUAUGAUCUGUGUUUUGAUGCAUCCUUGCCGGCCACAUCUCCAGGACCAAGGGAUGACUCGCCGAAUCAGACGGUCGAAGCCGGCGAGGAAUUGCUGCGCCGAGCAAAUGUGAGGCUUGACAGCAUUGACACUGUUAUCGCAGAUGACCCCAGAGCACAAUCCAUGGAUAUCUUGGAUGCCAACCAGGAUUUAAUUUCAGAUUAUCGGUAUGCUUGCGAUGAAUUCCUCGCGGCCAGCGAUGACAUUGCCAAAAUCGAACAUCUGAUGAACAUGCACCAGCAAAUUGAUGAUCCACUGCAUAUAUUACUACUAGCAAUGAGGAAAAUGGGCCGGGGAGAUUCCCCAAUCCAGUAG